UUUUUGUUUAUUUUCCUAUUUUUAAGGCUUUUUUACCCAUAGUGUCCUUGGGCGUUUUGUCCUUUUCUCGAGUUUUUGAUAUUUUGAAAAAUUUACAAAAUGUAAUUUUUAACGUUUACUUUGAGUUUUGGACACGUUAUCAGUUUUAUAAAAGUAUUUUUUUAUUUGUCUCCUUUUUUGUUAAAAUUUGUUUAAAAUAUACACGUUUAUCUCUUUUAUUAAAUUAAAAAUUAAAUUUUUUAGACAAUUUUAUAGACUUAAAAUUAAAAUGGACAAUAUUUUGCUUACUUUAAUAGCUCGAGUUAGUGAUGGCUUAAUUUUGGCAACUUCAAUUGAGGGAGCAGACAAUCCUGACCACAAUAUGGUUAAAUAUAUGAGUCAAGCAAAAGUGAUCUUUCGAAAAUUGAAUAGUCCAAAUACACCGCAGAUUCAAUCAAUUACUAGUGGACAAUAUUUUUUUCAUUAUAUUGUGAAGGGUGCAAUAUGCGCUUUAUCUUUGUGCGAGCAGAACUUAAAUAGAAAAAUAGCUUUUGCUUAUUUGGAGGAUGUUGCUGUUGAAUUUCUUAAUCAAUAUGGAACUCAAGUGGCGUCGACAACUAGACCAUAUCAUUUUUUGGAAUUUGAUACUUACAUCCAAACUGCAAAAAGAAAACAUAUGGAUAAAGGACGUAAUGCAUUUGCCGCGGUCAGUAAUGAAUUACAAGAUGUUACAAGAAUUAUGGUUUCUAAUAUUGAGGACGUUAUACAUCGUGGGGAGGCAUUAAAUAUUCUUGAGUCUCGUGCUUCCGAUCUCUCCCACUUAAGCAAAAAAUAUCGCGAAGAUGCUCGACAAUUAAAUCGACGAACGGCAGUGUUUAAAUUAUUUAUUGCGAUUGGGGUUGCUUCAAUUUUAUUUUUAAUAUUCCGAUUUGUCUAUUUUUGA